AACUUGUUCAUUGUUUUGAGGGCCGAUACACAAGCAACAACGGACGGCCCUAGAGGACCGGGGGGUGCUUCUCGUGUCUUAGGAGGAAGGGACGAAUCUCGCUCCCUUUCCACAAAGCGGCGCUGGAUCCCUCCUUCAACCGUAAGACGAGAUGCACUCACCCCAGAAAAUCGCAAUGAUCUUAUUUUCCGUAAGGUGCGGGGUAUACUCAACAAGCUCACCCCAGAGAAAUUCCAGAAGCUGAGCGAUGAUUUACUGCAAACAGAACUUAAUUCAGGUGUGAUUCUCAAAGGUGUUAUAUUGUUGAUCUUUGAAAAAGCCCUCGAUGAGCCCAAAUAUAGUUCUAUGUAUGCACAGUUGUGCAAGAGGCUCUCUGAGGAAGCUCCAAACCUUGAACCACCAGACAGUCCCUGCUGCACCUUUCGUUUACUGCUUCUGAACAAGUGUCGUACUGAGUUUGAAAAUCGUUCCAAAGCAUCUGAAGCAUUUGAACAUCGUGAUGGCCCCCUGGCGCCAGAGGAGGAGGAGCGACGACAGCUUGCCAAGCGCAAAAUGCUUGGAAACAUCAAGUUUAUCGGAGAACUGGGGAAGUUGGAGAUAUUAUCGGAGAGUAUACUCCACCGUUGCAUCAAACAGCUCUUGGAUAAGAAAAAGAACCGCAGAAAUGGGUCUAAGGACAUGGCCGAGGAUUUGGAGUGCCUCAGUCAGAUAAUGAGAACUUGUGGUCGCAUUCUGGACUCUGACAAAGGAAAGAAACUGAUGGAUCAGUAUUUUGAGCGAAUGGGCUUCCUUGUGGAGAAUCAAGAGCUACCACUGAGGAUUCGCUUCAUGCUUCGAGAUGUCAUCGAAUUACGUCGGGACAAGUGGGUCCCUCGCAAAGCGACCAACACAGAGGGCCCCAUGCCCAUUCAUCAGAUUCGCGAUGAAGAACCUCGCGGUAGUGGACGAGGAGGUUAUCCUCCCCACAUUGGGGCUGGUGGUGGCCCUGCUGGUCGAAUUCCUGCGUUAUUUGGGCAUCCCCUUAAGAUGCGUAGUGGCUUGGAAGAAGUGUUGCCACCUUUCCCAUUGGGAACAUCUCUCGCAUCAAUACCAGCUCCACAUGACAAGUUCUCAUUUGGCGGGAAUGGUUUCCAGUCGAACUACCGGCCUGGCGGCAGCCAGUCGCGGCCACACCAGCAGCAGGCUUUCUAUCCAGGUGCUCCUAGCAAUAGACAGAACUUUAGCCAGAACCAUAGUAAACAGAACCAUAACAUCAACAACUCCCAGCAGCAACAGAAUUUCAAUAACUCUGGGAACAAGGAACUGCCACCUCGUUUCAAGAAUAAAAUUUUGCUGGCACAACAACAGGGACAAGGCAAUCUGGAGGAUGUCUCUCUUAGACCUGCCCCCAUGUCUAUGAUGUUCAAACAGAGCAACACGAAGCCAGUGCUGCUCAGUACAGGUCGUGCUCCUGGUCUCAUGAGCGAACCGCUCAUGGCUCCACCUCAACUGAAGCCAAGCCCCCCGCUAUUGCAUAAGGAGCCACCAAUACUCAUUAAACAGGCCUCACUUGACAAGAGUAAGGGUGGAAAGAAAGACAAGGGUCCCAGCAAGGAAGAUGUCCUAAAGAAGAUUGAAUCACUCAUGGAAGAGUAUCUUCAAUCUGGCAGCGUGCAGGAUGCCCUCAGCUCAUACCGCGAACAGAAGAUACCUGACAGAUAUUUGCGCUACAUACUGCUUGCCAUCAUGACUCAGACCUUGGAUAAGAAUGACGCGGAUCGUGAGCUGGCUGGAAAUCUGAUCGUAGAAUUAAAGAAGGAGUCGCUUGUGACUUCUGCUCAAUUUCUGGAGGGUUUCCGUGAACUUGUUAUGCAUAUGGCUGAAAAGGAUCAGGAGAUUCCACGCAUCUAUUCUCAUGUUGCAGGUUUUGCAGCCCAUGCUGUCUCAGAAGACCUUGUUUCUCUUCUGGAAAUCUCAGAAAUAACAGAAAACGGUGCACAUUACCCUCUCUUUAUGCUGAUAUUGCAGCAACUUUACAAGACCCAAGGCAAAACAAGAUUAACACAGCUUUUCAAUGAUAGCAAGGUUAAUCUGCUGAACAUGCUGCCUGAGGUGGACCGGACCAAGGAUCGAUUGUCAGAGAUCCUUGAGGAUCGUGGACUCACAUUUCUGUUUCCACUUCUGAGGAUCCAGUCAGAACUGUGGAAACAGCUCCAGGCAGAUCCAAAUCCCACCCAAUUCUACAAAUGGAUCAAGGAGAACCUGGAUCCGUCGUAUCACACAAAUGCUGGAUUUAUUAAUGCACUGAUGACCGUGCUUGUCAAAUACAUUACUCAGGAAUCUACGCUGGUUGAGGGAUGUGACCCAAACGCAGUCCCCGAGAAGGCUUUGCAGGAGAAGGAGAAGGCAUUGCUGGAGAAGUUCAAGCUGGUGCUGCAGGCAUUCCUCCAUGAACAGACGGACUUGCAGGUGGUGGCUGUGUACGCUCUGCAGGUCUACUGCUACUCGCUGCACUUCCCGAAAGGCAUGCUGCUACGAUGGUUUGUGAAUCUCUAUGACUUGGAGAUUGUUGAGGAAGAUGCGUUUCUCAAGUGGAAGGAAGACAUUACUGAUGCCUAUCCUGGGAAGGGAAAGGCUCUAUUCCAAGUAAACCAGUGGCUGAUGUGGUUGGCUGAAGCAGAGUCAGAGGAAGAAGAGGAGGAAGAUGGAGAUAAUUAACUGCUGCAUGCUUUUGAACAGUGAUAAGGACAGUAAUAUGUAGGUAAAGCGAUGUUUUAACUCUGGAGGCGCAAGGAUAAACUCUUCGAAGCAUUUUAUCUGUAAGAUCUAAAGAGGGGGGUUAAGGAGGUAUCUUUUUAUAGUAGAGUGGUUUUGUGUGGAGAUGGUGAAAGUGACAGUGACUUAGAAUGGUAUUGGUGCAGCACCCAGCAGAAUGAUAACACACCCACAAGUACCAGCAUAAAAUGAAAAUUGUAAAAAAGAAAUGUUACCCUGCACACUUGUUGAAGGGUCAGAUAUUUCAAUUUUUAUUAGCACUCUUCACAUUGUUGAACUUUACGUUUGUGUUUUCUUACAUCACUGGUUUUCUGACGUCUUGAACGGUUGGUGUACGAGUGGUUCGGUUUCAGAUGAAUGUUGUUGAGCAAGAUUGCAUGGCUGAAAGUAUCAAAUUGAAAAAUUCUACUUGGGUCCUAUCCCCCUAUUUUUGUUUGUAUUUUCUUUUUUGUAUGUUUAUUUUCUACAAGUCUACUGUUAAAAUAUGCUCCCAUUUUAUUGCUGGCUUAAUUAUUUUUUCAUUUGGCUCCCAUGUAGUUACUAAGGCCCCUUUUAAAUUAUGUGCAAGGGCUUAUUUCUAACACCAUGUUGAAAUUCAGCAGUUUCAUAAGAAAGUGAUAUAUGCUCUUGGUAUUGUAACCAAUUAUCCAUUUAUUCUAAUUAUAAUCUUGAACGUCAAGGGGUUAGGUAUCUCUACCAUGAAUUUUUGUGACUCAUUUUUAUUAUUGUUUAAAAUGUUAUAUUAAUAUACAUUAACCAUGAAUUGUAAGUAGUGUGGUCAUGUCUGUAUUGUCUUAUAUAUCAUAAAUAAAUGCCUUAGUGUAAUUUAUUAAAUAUCUGCCACAUUA